CGCUAGAGGAUUAAGCCACACAAUCGACGUGUUUGUUUGCUACUCUGCAUAUUUCGUCUUCCUCUCCACUCCAACAAGCUUACGUGCGUCUCUCCCAUCCCACCUGCUCCCAACUCGUCGCCUUCCUCUUCGCUCUCCAAAGAGGUUGCAAUGUAUUCAAGAAGAGAGCUGGAUGAUUUGGAGUACAGAUACUACUCUGAAAUGAAAGAUGGAACUCGCAAGGUCAAGAUCUCUGACUCUCUCUUCAGGUGUCCCUUCUGCUACUUAGACCGCAAGCGUGAUUACAACUUUGACGACUUGCUUCGUCAUGCUUACAACAUCAGCGGUAGUUCCCGCACUAAGGAUGGGCGAGAGAUAGCUAGACAUCUCGCACUUGAGAGAUACAUGAAGAAGUAUCUCCGCCCUCUGGAAAGACCAUCAUCAGAUGUCUCUUCUCUUCAUACAGAGGUGUUAACCGGAAGCUGGAUAACAGCAGGCUCAUCAAGCUCUGCUGCAGGGGAAGUGAAUAGCAGCGUUGUCAAAUCCAGUUCACCAUGUAUCGCUGAAGCUGAACCUAUGUCUGUCUCAGGAGGAGAUGAUCCUGUACCAAGCGGUGAAGAAAGACAGAUGUUUUCUCCUAAACACAACUCCUCUUUGAGCAACCAAGACAAUACACACCCUUCCAAAAGAGCUUGCCUCACUGCUGGUGGUAAAGAGGGAGAAGAACCUGUCCAACAGAGUGGUCUCAGCCAUGGUGCUCCAAGAUAUCCUCAGAGGCGUGAUCCUUUGGCUGCUCGUAAUGAUGGUCUGAUGUUUGUGCAUCCAUGGAAAGGGAUCUUGGCCAACAUCAGUAGAACUUUUAGUGAGAAGACAAGGAAGUUCGCUGGCGAGAGUGGAAGCAAAAUUAGGGAAGAGUUUGUUAGCAAAGGGUUCAAUCCCCACAAAGUGGAGCCACUGUGGAACGGCAGAGUUGGUUUCACAGGUUUUGCGAUUGUUUACUUUGGUAAAGACUGGGAAGCUUACAGAAACGCCACCAUGUUUGAGAAGCACUUUGAAGUCAAUCAGUGUGGGAAGAGAGACUAUGAUUCUGCACGUGAUCGUGGCGAAGAGCUUUACGGUUGGAUAGCAAAAAGGGAGGACUACUACUCGAGAACUGUAGUUGGAGACCACCUCAGGAAGCAAGGGGACUUGGUGACUGUUUCUGGAAAAGAGGCAGAGCAACAAAGAAGGGCAUUCACGCUUGUCUCCAACUUGGAAAACACACUCGAGACCAAAAGCACUAACCUUGAAGAAAUAGAGAGCAAGUACAAAGAAACCAGUACAGAGCUUCAGAGGAGUAUGAAAGAGAAGGAUGAAAUGAUCAACGCUCAUAAUGAAAAGAUGAGUAGCAUGCAGCAAAAGGCGCGUGAUUAUUUGGCGAGUGUGAAAAAUGAACAUGAAAAGGCAGCUCAGCAUCUGGAAGCUCAAAGGAAAGAGUUUGAAGAGAGGGAGAGAUAUCUUGAUAAAUGUCAAACGCUGAACAAAACUGAGCGACGAAAGCUUCAAUGGCAAAAACAGAAGAACUUAAUGGCUACUGAAGAGCAAAACAAAGCUGAUGAAGAAAUGACGAGAUUGGCUAAACAGCAACAGAGGGAGAAAGAUGAGUUACGUGAGAGAGUCAAAAAGCUGGAGAAAAAACUAGAUGAUGAGCUGGCAUUGGAGCUGGAGAUAGAGAGAAUGAGGGGUGGGCUGCAGGUGAUGGGACACAUGGAAGAUCCUGAUAUGAAGGAAGAGAUAGAAAAGACAAAGGAAAAACUAAAGGAGAAAGAAGAGGAGUCAGAGUUCCAAGAGUCACUCUAUCAAGCUCUUGUUGUUAAACAUGGCUACACUAACGACGAGCUUCAGGAUGCUCGCAAGGCGUUUAUCAGAUCAAUGCAAGAGUUGACCUUACGUGGUCAGAUCUCUGUGAAGAGAAUGGGAGCUUUGGAUGAGAAACCUUUCCAAAAACUAACUAAAGAGAGAUAUCCAGCAGAAGAGGCUGAUGUAGAAGCAGCAAAGCUUUGUUCCUUAUGGGACAACCACUUGAGAGACUCGGCUUGGCAUCCGAUUAAGGUCGUCCUAAUAGACGGAAACCACAAGGAGGUGCUGAAUGAAGAGGAUGAGAAGCUGCAGGAACUGAAGAAAGAGCUGGGGGAUGAAGUGUUUGAAGCUGUGACACAAGCGCUGAUGGAGAGGAACGAGUACAAUGGAAGUGGAAGGUACAUAGUGCCUGAGCUUUGGAACUUCAAAGAAGGAAGAAAAGCGACUCUCAAAGAAGGUGUGGUUUAUCUGAUGAAGUUGUGGACGCACCUCAAGCCAAAGCCCAAGCGUAAGUAACAACUUGAAACCGUGUUUGUUGCUAAUAAGUUGAUACUCGUAUAUUAAGACUUACGUGAGUUUUUAUGAUUUAUAUUCCACAAGAGUAGAGAGACAGUUGUUAAGGUGAGUUCUUGGACGCAGAUAUUUAAUCUAUGUGCUUAGUUUAUGACUUCA